AUGGCUAAUGAGUCGGAUGCUCUUGAUGCCCUUGAGAAGGAAGCCAAGGAAUAUGAUAAGGAUGCUGAAAUCGACCGAAUCCUCAAAGCUUUCAGGCUUGAUUCCUACGCCGUGCUAGACUUACAACCCGGAGUUCCUGAUUCAGACAUCAAGAUCGUCUACCGCAAGAAGUCCCUACUAAUCCAUCCGGACAAGACCAAGAACCCUCUAGCGCCCGAAGCGUUUGACCGGCUGAAGAAGGCACAAGUGGCAUUACUGGAUGAGAAGCAGCGUCAGCAUCUGGAUGAAUGCAUUGCCGAUGCCCGUCAUCUGCUCAUCCGCCAACACAAAUACACGGUCGAUUCUGAAGAGCUGAAGACGGAAGAGUUCACGGUAGAAUGGCGCAAGAAGACAGUGGAAGUCCUGGUGGAAGCCGAAGCCCGCCGCCGACGACAGAUGAAGGCCAAGAUGCAAGAAGAGGGUCGUGAAAAGGCCAAAGAAGAUGCAGAAUUUGAUGAGCGGAAGCGGAAGAGAGAGCAUGAGAAGAAGUGGGAAGAUACUCGUGAGCAGCGGAUAGGCAGCUGGCGGGAUUUCCAAAAGGGGGUCAAGAAGGGCGAUGAGCAGAAGAAAAAGAAGAAGAUGAAGGUCAUCGGAUGA